AUGGCUUCCGCCAGCCCCUCCGUCUUUUCCACGGCCGUCGUGGCCGCCGCCCCCGAGGAUCCCCUCUUCGGCCUGGCGCAGGCCUAUCGCCAGGAUCCGUCCGACAAGAAGGUCGAUCUGGUUAUUGGUGCUUAUCGCGAUGAUAAUGCGAAGCCGUGGAUCCUGCCUGUCGUGAAGAAGGCGGAUGAGCUCGUUCGCAACGACCCCAGUUUGAACCACGAAUAUCUUCCGAUCAAGGGUCUACCGGAUUAUACCUCGGCGGCGCAGAAGUUGAUGAUCGGGGCUGAUAGUCCUGCUAUUCGGGAGAACCGCGUCUGCACGAUCCAAACCAUCUCCGGCACCGGUGCCGUGCACCUCGGCGCGCUCUUCCUCUCGAAAUUCCACCCCAGCACCCCCAAACCCACCAUCUACCUCUCAAACCCGACCUGGGCCAACCACCACCAAAUCUUCACCAACGUCGGCCUCACCCUAGCCAACUACCCGUACUUCUCACGCGACACCAAAGGCCUCGACUUCACCGGGAUGCUCAACGCGCUUUCCUCCGCGCCCGCGGGCUCGCUCAUCCUGCUGCACGCGUGCGCCCACAACCCCACGGGCGUAGACCUCACGCAAGCCCAGUGGAAAGACGUCGCCGGGGUGAUGCGGUCCAAGAACCACUUCCCGUUCUUCGACUGCGCGUACCAGGGUUUCGCGUCGGGGGAUCUCGCGCGCGACGCGUGGGCGGUGCGCUACUUCAUCGAGCAGGGGUUCGAGCUCUGCGUGGCGCAGUCGUUCGCGAAGAACUUCGGGCUGUACGGGCAGCGGACCGGUGCGUUCCAUUUCGUGUCUGCGCCCGGGGUGGGCGGCGUGGAGGCGAAUCGGAAUGUGGCCAGUCAGUUGGCCAUUCUGCAGCGGAGUGAGAUUUCGAAUCCGCCUGCUUAUGGCGCUAGGAUUGCGAGUCGCGUCUUGAAUGAUGAGGCCCUGUUUGGCGAGUGGGAGGGGGAUCUUAGGACCAUGAGUGGGCGGAUUGCGGAGAUGAGGAAGGGGUUGAGGGAACGCUUGGAGUUGAGGGGCACUCCGGGUCAGUGGACGCAUAUUACCGAGCAGAUUGGUAUGUUUAGUUUUACCGGGUUGUCGGAGACGCAGGUCGCGCUUUUGAGGGAGAAGUGGCAUGUUUAUAUGACCAAGAACGGACGUAUCUCCAUGGCCGGCCUCAACUCGCACAAUCUGGAUUACUUUGCUGAGGCGGUGGACAGCGUGGUUCGCGAGACGGCGUGA